GGAGGGCUGUGGCGCAGCGGAUGCCGGGAUUUGUAGUCUUCUCCCCAGGAGCGAUGCUGAGCGUGUCGCGCUCAGGGCGCCGAGACUCUGCUCGUCACAGCUAUCCUUAUCUGAGUGCGUAGCAAUCGGCCGAUUAAUUUCUAAGCCUCUCAUUAGCGCAAGAACCAAGGAGAGAAUAAUCGCGUUGCUCAGCAACGGCGGCAAACAAUCGCCGCCAUCUUUUCUCCUGCCCGGGUAGUUCUUCGCCAACGCCGGCGCCACUGAGCCGCACGAAGGAGAGCGCGCGAAGAACUCCAGCUCCCGUCAGCCCCCGCGCCCCUCAGCAACCGUGGCGCUGCGACGGCUGGGACGGAAAGGCGGUGAGAUGGUGAAUGUGAGGCGAGGAGCGAAUAUAAAACCUGAAGGAAUCUCUCAGAUCAGGCUUAGCGUAUGCAGUUGCUUUCCAAGUAUCCCCAGGCUCUGCUGCGAAGUAUGGCCACUUCGGGUUCCUCCUUUAGCAGGAGUUCUGUAUCAGGAUUCUCCAUGGUGAAGAUGGUCAGCCAUGGAAAACAUAUCACAAUUAUAAUCCAACAGCUUAACAAAUUUAACCCAGAAAAUCAGAGCAUGGAGGAUUUCUUGAAUGAAUCAGCUAAGAUGUUGCAGACUCUUAAUGUGGCAGAAGAAAAAUUUGUAUUGGACACACUAGCUGGAUGCAUAGAAUAUAAAUCCUUACUGGAUGUAGUAGUCAAUGCCUUUUUUGCUCGCGAUGGGAGAUACUGUCUGAUUUCUGAGCGUAAUCUCUACAUAGUUAUUUGCUAUUUGGCGACUUUUCAACUCGAAGAGCUUGGUCUUCAGCACUUCAGCAGAAUUGUGAAAUCUCUAGACACUGUAAAAAUGCAUAAGUUUCUUAGAUUCUUCUUCAAUGCCUUGUAUUUGAACACAUGGAUAAAAGAUGAAUGGAGUCAGCUGUACGAUUCGCUGUAUGUAAAGGAGAACUGGAUCGAUCCACUGCUGAGAUGGCAGCCUAAAGUACAGCAACUGAUAGAACAACUUGCGGAUAAGUUAAGCAGUCGUACUACCAACGUCAAAAUAUCAACGGUCACUCAGCCAAAGGAAUUUAAUUUGACUGUUCCCAAGCCACGUGCCAUUCCUGUACCUCUGCCAAUACCAGCUCUGGAAAAAAGUCUCCCUGUUCCUCCAAGCACCUACAAGCCUCCAAGGGAAAAAAAGCAAUUAGAGAAAAUCAAAACAAAAAAUCGCCAAAAAGCAGAAGAUCUGCUUCUGAAAGCAAACACUAACCAGUUCAGGUGUGCGGCCAUGAAACCUGAAAAAGCAGAGUUUGAACAGCAGGACAAUAUGAAGAGCAGGCCAGCAUUCCAGGCUCAGAAGAUCCAAAGCAGGAUCGACAAUUUACCUAUUAAAUUAAAUGCAGCAGCUAUUUUAAGAGAGGGUGCCCUCUAUCAGCGAAAAAUGGAACAGGAGCUCCAGAGAAUUGAAAAUUUGCUACGAGGGACUGGAGACCCGUCUGAAUUCUUGGAAUGGCAAAAGCAGAUGCGUGGAAAAGAUUUGGAAGAGCAGUUGGCUGAAAUAGAGUGUAGAAGGCUUCAAGGGAAACUGAGUCAUGAAGAGGCAGUUCUAGCCCAUCAGAAUGUAAUUCAAGAAAAUAAGAAGAAAGCUGAUCUAAUGAGAGAAGAGAAAGCAGAGCUGAUGCAUGAGUAUGCAGAGAGAUGUCUACAGGAACGGAAAGAAAUGAGAGAGCUGGUGGAGAAGGUCGUGGAAGGACACAAGAAUGCAAAGCAAGCUAAACUAAAGCUUCAGAAAUACAAACAGCAGAUAGUUCAGGAAGUUUGCGAAGAAAAUCGAGAACUACUUCGGCAAGCUUUAGAAGAAGAGGAAGAGAAACUUAAGAAAAAAUAUGAAUUAAUUCAACAAAUACGAGCCAUUGAAUCUUUACCAAUCCUUAAACACAAGUUUGUUGACUUAACUGAGACUGGUGGCCAUGGUUUAAUUUGUGAAAUGUCAAUAGUGGAACUACGUGAACGCCUCGCUCUACUUAGAGAAGCACAGAAGGCAGCAGAGGAAGAGAAGAGAGACCAGAUAAUUCAAGAUAAACAAGCUAAGGAACAACUUCUUCUAGAUAAACUGGACCAGAUUUCCAUUUUCAGAGCAGAACUCGGACGAGCAGCUGCAUUAAAGCAAGAAGAAAAGAAAAGAAAGUCCCAGUCUGGUGAAAGGCAAAUGAAAGAUGAACGCAUUUUAAAUCUGCAGAGAAAAAUUGCAGAGAAAGCAAUGGAGCGUAAAAAGCAAGCAGGACUCUUAAAGAUUACCCCCCAGAAAGCCAACACUGCAUCAAGAAAGGUCUGGGCGUACAUAAGGAAAAGAGCUCUGCAGAGUUUUGCUGUACUGCCAGCACUGGCAAGGGUGCUGGCAUACUGGAGGGACAGUAGCAAGUCCCUGCUUCCUGCAUAGGCACAGUCUCCUCAAACCGUGGCCUUGACCUCACCUUCCUGCCUUACAUUUGGCUCUCACAGACUGGGGUCCAUCCACACAAUACCUACCUUUCCACUCAUGUCACCACACACUGAAACAGCACCUAACCUCUGUCCCUAAUUCUCUCACUGUCCUAACAGGCACAUCUCACUGCAUCAAACUGGGAUGCUUCCCACAUCCAAGGCAGGUUUCAGUUCAUCAUUCCCUUGAUUUUAACCUGAUCUUUCCUCCACCUGAUCCAACAACAUCAAAUGAAAGCACUGAUAGGCUGUAGGCUUAAUGCUGGUGACACUGGUUGUGUUUCCUUGGCAAGCAUCUGAAGUCAAGUGGUGAGAGCUGCUGAUGGGGUCACAUUUUAAAAGCUGUACCAAACCAGUAAGAAAUUAGAACUACAUCUCCCAAUCCACUAAAAUAAUAAUUCUUUACUUGUUCUGUGGAAAAGACAAAGCUGAAUUCAGUGAAGAGGAAAAUUGUAUUUUUCAAAUGCACAUAGUUUAAAAACUGAAAUAGUGCAAUCUUUCAGAGUACCAAUGUUUGCAGUUCUCAGUAUCCCCAUUUCAAGCCACUGCAUGUGUAAGUGAAUGCUUACAUAGAGCAUUAGGUCUGUUCCUUUUAGCAAAUAAAAUACUGAAGAAAGCAUUUCCUAAAUUGGGAUGGCUUUCUGAACUGAGGCUUUGAACGUAUGCUUAAUCACUUUGCUGAAUGGGGUCCAGUACAAAGUAGAGGCAAUAAAUGCAGACUUCAAAGGCAAGAAGCUAUAUAAUUGCAAAUGUGAGACAUUUAUAAAAUAAACAAAUUAUAAAUUCAGACUUUUUACUACUGAUGUGGGUCUGUAUGAGUGCUCCUGUGUUGCAUAAAAGUGGGAAAAGCAAGCAAACAAACAAACAAACAAACAAACCAGGCUUGGUUGGUUGGUUUUUUUUAGCAAAAAACUGUAGUGCAAUAGUUAUUUGGCAUUCAGUUUGUACCUUUUAGGUUCUUCAGUAUGUAGAAAAAGAGUGAGACUAACCCUGCGUACAACAGCCCCAAAUCCAGACUGUGGCUUCAGUUACUUUAGGGAUAGCCCUCGAGGCCCAAUGGGCUUGUGUUGGUUUAACUGAAAGUAACAUUUGUUCAUAAAUAACUAUUAAAAUUCUUAGUAAAACAGAAUUUAUAUUGCAAUUGGGAAAACUAAGAUAUUUUCAGCAGUCUAUAGGGACAGAACAAAGGGAAACGGCCAUAAACUGGAGCACAGUGUGUUCUACACCAAUAUGCAAAGGAACUUCUUCACAGUGA